GAUUCGAAUUUCAGAAUUCAAACACCCACAUCGAGUCUUCGUUUUCAUUCGAAUCGCUCUUCUACAGCUCCUGCAAACCAAGGAUUGCAAGCAAGAAAUCCUCGCAUUGAGUUUGUUAUUCUCAGAUCUUCUUCAUCGUAUGUUAAAUUAGGGUUUUACUUAAGAGAAAACCCUAAAAGCAGCAAAAAAUUUGAAGUAAACGAAGAUGAAGAGAGUGUUUGGUGUUAAGAAAGAUAAAGAACCUCCUCCGUCGCUUAAUGACGCCUCCGAUCGGAUCAAUAAAAGAGGUGAGACGGUGGAUGAGAAAAUCAAGCGACUUGAUGGGGAGCUUGCUCGAUAUAAAGAGCAGAUCAAAAGAACCCGUCCUGGUCCAGCUCAAGAAGCUGUGAAAGCUCGGGCAAUGAGAGUUCUCAAGCAGAAAAGAAUGUAUGAAGGACAACGAGACAUGCUAUAUAACCAAACUUUCAAUCUAGAUCAAGUUGCAUUUGCUUCGGAGGGUAUCAAAGAUGCUCAGCAAACAAUGUCGGCUUUGAAAUCAGCAAACAAAGAGUUGAAAGGAAUGAUGAAAACCGUAAAGAUUCAAGACAUUGAUAAUUUGCAAGAUGACAUGAUUGACUUGAUGGAAGUUAGCAAUGAAAUACAAGAGUCUCUUGGCAGAAGCUACAGUGUGCCUGAUGACAUUGAUGAAGAAGAUCUCAUGGGUGAACUCGACGCUUUGGAAGCAGACAUGGGGCUAGAAACCGAAGGGGAAGGGGUACCUUCAUAUCUUCAACCUGAUAACGAACCUGAUUUGAAUGAAGAGCUCAACUUGCCUUCAGCUCCAAGUGGACAUGCGGUACCAGCCCGCAGAGUUAACAAUCAGGCCGAAGACGAUCUUGGUUUACCUCCAGUCCCCCGUGCAUCUCUACGUGGUUAGAGUGUGGCUAACCGUAUUGUGCAGAACCGGAGUGUGUUAUUCAUGCACAUGCUUUUGGAUCAUCUGUUUUCUAUUUCUGCAAUUCAACAUUUAUAAAACCACCUUUGCAUUACCUCUAUAACCACACAUUCUUACUUCAUUUAAGCUUGUAUCGACCCCAUUCGUUAAAUUUGUUGUUCACUUCUUUG